AUGUCCUCUUGGACUUGGGCUCCUGCAUGCUUUCGCCGCCACUUCUCAACACUACCUGAUCCAUCCCUCCAGUCGAAAUCCCGGAGCAGGUCCUCCUGCCUGAUUCCCACCGUUGCUGGUGUCUCCGUUUGUCUCCUCUACCUGUUCUACGUCUUCGCCGUUCCUCAGUUGCUUCGGUUCCGCUUUCGGCUCGAUUUAAGCCCGUAUGAUCUUGGAUUCUACGGCUUCGGUCCUUCGCGUAGCUACGUAUCUUUGGAGUAUGAGUCUCCUAUGGUAGACAUCACAGAAUGGGGUUCCGGAUGCGAUUCGCGGUAUACGUUUCUUGCUCCUCGCGGUGACUCAGUCGCCCACCCUGGGCCCGUCAUUCUGGACGCUGAUGGCGAAUUGGUGUGGAUGAAGUAUAAUUGGGAUACAACGCAGGACUUCAAAGUACAGCGAUACAAUGGCGCAGAUUACUUGACAUACUGGGAAGGGACUGAAGUGGAAAGUCGUGGCUACGGGUCAUGGUACAUGCUCGAUUCGACCUACACCCAGAAAUACCAGAUAUCCCCCGUCGGCAACUUCGGGGGCGGCGAUCUGCACGAAUUCCACAUCACCGAGCAGGGGACAGCUCUUGUCACUGUUUACGACCCUGUUCCCGCAGAGCUGACCUCCAUAGGAGGACCGGAGCUAGGUUGGAUCCUUGAUUGUAUUUUCCAAGAGAUCGACAUCGAGACAGGCGAAUUGCUUUUCGAAUGGCGCGCGUCUAAGCAUUACCCCGUCAAGAGCACCUACGAACCACUGAACGCAGCGGGGAAGGAUAGGAAUCACGCGUUCGACUACUUUCACAUAAACAGCGUCGAUAAAGAUGAGCAGGGGAACUAUCUUGUCUCUGCGAGACAUCUCCAUGCCGUCAGCUACAUCGACCACGUCACUGGGGACGUGCUAUGGACUCUAGGCGGCAAGUUGAACGAAUUUACGGACUUGUCUAACGGACAAGCCACAAAUUUCGCCUGGCAGCACGAUGCCCGGUGGCACGCCAACAACACAAUUACACUAUUUGACAACGCUGCGCAUUCAAGCAGCGAUCCGGACAGUGAAAGUCGGGGCCUGGCCAUCCAACUCGAUAUCUCCGGCCGCACAGCCGAGCUGCUCGCCGAAUACUACCAUCCUCAACAGAUGAGGGCCGUAUCGCAAGGGAAUGUCCAACUUUUGGAUGAAAGUGGCCGGGUCCUGGUUGGCUGGGGCCACAGCGCAGCUUUUACGGAGUACACUGCUGACGGGGACUUGCUCUGCGACGUCCACUUUGGCGCUUCUGCGUUCUUCUCCUUCGGUCGGGUCGUGUCUUAUCGUGCGUCCAAGGGUACCUGGGUGGGCAGACCACACACAAUCCCCGACGCGGCGGUCAUGGGCGACCAUGUGUACGUGAGCUGGAACGGUGCAACGGAGGUGGUAGCCUGGCGACUGGAAGUCUGGGACACGCGCGCUAUUGAGGAUAGCACGUUUGACGUGAUCGCUCAGUUCGCAAAGACCGGGUUCGAGACGGAGAUUGAAAUUCCCGAGGAACUGGGCAGUCCGCUUUUCCGCCUGGCGGCUUUGGAUGCCGACGGCAAGGUGUUGGGGUACACCGAAGUCCUUCAGACGGAUCAAGGCGCCGAUGUGGAUGAACUUCUUGACCUGCACAACUGGAUUGUGGCUGCUGCUUUUAUUGUCGGUGUCGGGGGUCUGUUACUCGGUCUUUACCUGUGUUGCGGCUGUUUUCGGAUCUUUUCUCGACGCCGUCGUCGGCCGAAUGAGUACCAGCUGGUGGCCUUUGGUGAUAACGAUGAGAAUGGUUCCGUUUAG